AGCAACAAGGCAAUCGAGAAGACCAACAUCCAAGCGAAAACCCAAAAAUUUGCCUUCCUUCGCCUUUCACACUUCUUUGUCUUGUCUUUCUCGGCAACACAAACCCAAACGACCCCACCCUCUCACCAACACUCUCUCCAAACCCGUCUUGCAAACUGCAAACACUGCAUCACUAUCUAUUGACAAGAGUAGUGAAUUCCAGUGUCUGUAGUUUAUCCCUUUCUUCUUUAUCUUUUAGUAAGAAAUCACAGAAAUGUUCGGCAGCUUGUCCAACCAAAAUCACCACGAAUAUCUGAUUUCAACGACAUAGCCAUCAAAGCCCAAGACGCCCUUUUGAUUGACUCACAACCAAAAGAGACACACUAGACAAACACAGCACAACACUCGCUCUCUUCCUUCCUUCCUUCCAUUCCAUUCCAGCCACCAUGACGGCUUCCGAAACUACAACAUUGGAAGCCAUGCUGGAACAAGAAUCCGUUUAUUAUCGCAACGUCACCCCUCCUCCUCCUGCUUCCUCUUGUUGUUCUUCUUCCACCAUGAAACAAGCCGUGGCCACACUCGAGACCAUUUACGAACUCUUGUCGCUACAAGACCGUGAAACUCUGGUGAUUGCCACUUAUUAUCUCCAUCAGUACUACCGUAACAAGAAGACUGCUUCUUCAGCUUACACGGUCAGUCACAUUGCCCUUGUCUGCUUCUACAUGGCCGUCAAGAUUCAUCAAACCACAGCCUUGCCCAUGAAGAGUCUCUCCAAUCUCCACGACCGAUUCUUUACCCACUCUUCGCCCAGUUCUUGGGAGUCUGUCGAAAUGGAUGUUUGCAUGACACUCCAAUGGCGACUUCAUCCUCCUCUUGCCACGGCCUUUUUGACGACGGCGCCUCGCCGACACCGCAAACGCGCACUAACACUGUUGGAUCAAGCCUUUCGAUCUCAGCCGUGUGCUUAUGUUGGCUAUCGCCCGUCUCAUCUCGCGGCUGCGGCUCUGCGUUCGCCCACAGCACCGUCGGAAGCUGUCGCCUUUUUGCAAUCGUCACAGACACAGACUGUGAUGGUCAAGCGCAAACGUUGCGUCACACCACCGAUGCUCUCUCAUCAUCCUGCCAAGAAGCAACGAGUCGUUGGACCCGCUUCCUUGCGAUGGACCGGUUCUCCACGAUCGGCUGCUCUCUUGGUGGAAGAAGAGGAAUCAUUCUAAACGGCGACCAUCGCACUAGAAUGAUGUAAUGGCAUGGCAUGCAGACGUGGACCAGCAAGGAUUGAAUUGAAUUGCUUAUACUACUACACAUUCAUAACGAAGAAUGCCUCUUGGAGAAGGAUGACUGACAACCCUGUUUUGUUUUGCGCGCGUCGUAUCGACAAGCAAUGUGCUAACAAGCAAAGGCAAAGCUGUUGGAGUUGUUACGAACUGACGUGACCAGAGGAAUUGAAUACACUUUCUUUUUGACGCCAUGGCCUGUACCAAUCUCGGUUUUGGAGGAAGUUCACUGCACUUGUUUAAUAUUAUCUUUAGAAGAAAAACACAUUAGUUAUU